UGCUCUCUUUCUUUUGCAUCUGGGGCACACACAGCAAAGUGGAAUCACCACUGAUGCAUGAAGCUUUGGAACCUCAGCAGAGCAGUAACAGCGCAGCAGGCAACCUGGCUGGUUCCAUCACGGCCUGUAAGAAGGUUCUUCGCAGCAACAGCUUGCUGGAGUCCACGGACUACUGGUUGCAGAACCAGAGGACGCCUUGCCAGAUUGGGUUUGUGGACGACGAGUCUGAAAACUGUGCUUCGGUCUGUUUUGUGAAUCUGGAUGUAAACAAGGAUGCCUGCAGCACAGAGCACCUGCAGCAGAAACUGCUCAAUGUUUCACCAGACCUUCCAAAACUCAUCAGCUCUAUGAAUGUCCAACAACCGAAAGAAAAUGAAAUUGUCCUCUUAAGUGGGUUAGCCUCUGGGAACCUCCAGGCAGAUUUCGAUGUUUCACAGUGUCCUUGGCUGCCUGAUAUCUGCUUGGUACAAUGUGCAAGAGGAAACAGACCAAACAGUACCAACUGCAUCAUCUUUGAGAUCAACAAGUUCUUAAUUGGUCUGGAAGUAGUGCAGGAGCGCCAGCUCCACCUGGAGACCAAUGUUUUGAAGCUGGAGGAUGACACAAACUGUUCCCUGUCUUCAAUUGAAGAAGAUUUCCUUACUGCCUCUGAGCACUUGGAGGAAGAGAUCGAGGUGGAGGAAUACAGGAGUGGUUUUGAAACUAUAAACGUGUCAGCUAAUGUUUUGGAAGGUAAAAAGCCAAAGGAAGUGACCCAGGAAGGAUGGGAUUACCACAAGGAAAAGUCACAUUGUGCUUUAGGGGAAAAACACUUUAGAAAAUACCGUACACCUUCGAUGAAAACAGAAGGAUCAAAGGAAAACAUAGCAGAGAACAUAGCUUUGCAAAGUCUCAAUCCUUCAGCCAGGGCAUCCCGCUGGAAAAGUGAAGCAGCAGAGGGGAGCAAGCAGCUGGCUGCAAACCACUCCUACCCUGAAAACAUCAAAGGAGAAACUGAAACAUCUCAGAUGCUGUACAUCCCUAGGGACGCUUAUCUCUCCAUGAUUAAGAAAGAUGGGCUUUCAUUGUGUGGAGCUGUCACUGAGCAAGGCAGUAACCCCAGGGACCGUGGUGGCAUGCAAAACUCUCUUCUAGUUGUUCAAAAUGGAGAAGCCACCACAGGAGAGUAUGCUACAAACUUAGCAGAAUCAGUGCUGCAAGAUGCCUUCAUCAGAUUGUCUCAGGAGCAACCGAUACUCCCCGGGGAAUCGUCUGUCAGUUUCUCUGAGGGAAGUUCUCUGAUGCCUGGUGGCUGUUGUAGAAGAGAUAUGGUGGUCCCUCGUUCAUGGGAUGAGCUCCCCAAAAUUGUCAUUGUGCAGAGCCCAGACGGCAGUGACACUGCCCCAGAACCAUGUGUCUCCUCCUGGCCUGAGAUGGAAGUUUCUGUUGAAACCUCAGGCAUCUUUUCCGGAGACAGCACCAGCAGAUCCACUCAGAGUACCCUAGAAGUUGCACUAGCUUGUGCAGCCACUGUCAUUGGAACCAUUUCCAGUCCACAGGCCACAGAGAGACUCGCCAUGGAGCAGGAAUCCCUGAUAUCCAGCCAUGCCCAGAGAGGCAGUGAGGUUCAGCAAACUCGAGUGCCCCAAGAGCCUUCUAUAACUGAAUACUCCUUCCCAUCGGCUCUGUGUGGCAUGACACAGGUGGCAAGUGCUGUCGCUGUCUGUGGCCUAGGUGAAAGAGAAGAGAUGACAUGUGCUAUAGCUCCAAGGGACCUCUUGCCCACAUCUGGAGUUGCUAAAGAAACAUCCUCGAUUGGUGGUUUAGCAACAGAGAGGAGCACAGAGCUGGGUAAGGAAGCCAUUGCAGGGGCUCUGCUCAGGGAGGCUGCUCGGGUUUUAGCACGGCCUGAUGCAUACAGUAGCAUUGGAGACCUCUUGGACUCUGUGAACAGGAGCAUCAUAGAAAGCACUUCCGAAACCCAAACCCUGUGCAAAGAAAACAUUCAAAGGAAUGAACUGGCACAGACCUUGUCCAAUGUCAUCCUCAAACAUUCCAUUGAUGAAGUUCACCAGAGAAGUGCAAUGGCUCAGCCUGCUGAUGAAAGGCAUCCCUAUGGAACUCUGGACACCUUAAUGGAAAGUGUGAACCAGCUGCUCCACAAUGUGAUCUGCUUCACGUUUAAAAAGAUGCAUCACGUUGUCACGCUUAGUGAACAUCCCACUGACGUUUCUAAAGAAACCAUCAGGUGGACAGAGUCGGAACCCUUGGGCUGCCAGUCAUUUGAUGAUCAGGUUGCUGGUCAAGCAUGGGCAAAAGCCUCAGCAUGCUCCAGCAGUCAUGCUCCUAGCAAUGCACAUGGCACUGGUCUUGUCAUCAGUGAUCUUGAGAAUGCAGCUCCCAAGCAAAACAAGGGUGGAAUAAGGCUGGGACUGUUCAAUAACCCCAGGAUGCAAUCUGAAUCCUCAUUCAGUCACAGAAUGCUUGAUUCAACUGCUAAAACAUCCCCCAAAGACAUAUAUCUGAAAGGGAUUGUGGGAGAGGAUUCAAAGGCCCCUCACCACACGUUCAGUUAUGAUGGCAAUGAACAGAGAGCAUCUAUAGAAAUAGGAAAGCUGCCCAAAACAAGCAAGUGCUGCAGUGGCUCCCAGGAAACUGAAAGCAGCAUCCUCCCAAACACCCAAGAGAAAUACACUUGUGUCACACCCAUAAACAACGAAGUUCAAGUCAGCCGAUCCUUAUUAGGGGAUGACCUGGUGUUUCCUGCUCAAUCUACACUACAGGAAAAGCAGUCUGAGGUCUACUGCAUCGCAGACUUCGCCGAAGAAUUGGCAGAGACUGUUGUCUCCAUGGCAACCGAAAUUGCAGCAAUCUGCCUUGACAACUCCAAUGGAAAACAGCCAUGGUUUUGUGCUUGGAAAAGAGGGAACGAGUUUCUGGUGGCGCCUAAUGGAUCCUGCCGAUCCUUGAAGAGGAAGAAGGAAAACUCAGGUGGUGGAAGCACUGUGAGGAAACACAAGCCACCUCGCCUCAGCGAAAUCAAGAGAAAAACAGAUGAGCAUCCUGAGCUGAAAGAGAAGCUGAUGAACAGAGUCAUGGAUGAGUCAAUGAACCUGGAAGACACUCCUGAUUCCGUCAGUACUUUUGCAAAUGAAGUGGCAGCCAAGAUCAUGAACCUAACGGAGUUCUCCAUGGUGGAUGGUGUGUGGCAAGCCCAGAGUUGUUCCCGGAAUCGGUUUCUAGGUGGUGAUAGGUGGAGCAGGCUGAAGGCCUCCAGCUGCGAAAGCAUCCCAGAGGAGGACUCUGAUGCCAGGGUCUAUGUAAACAGCCUGGGUUUAAUGAAUACCUUAAGCCAGCCAGUUAGUAGGGCCAGCUCAGUCUCCAAGCAGUCCAGCUGUGAGAGUAUCACCGACGAGUUUUCCAGGUUCAUGGUGAAACAGAUGGAAAAUGAAGGGAGAGGGUUUGAGUUACUGCUGGAUUACUACGCUGGCAAAAAUGCCAGCAGUAUUCUGAGCUCAGCAGUGAUGCAGGCAUGCCAGAAAAAUGACCGCCUCAAUGUGAGGCCGAGCUGCCCCUCUAAGCAGUCUAGCACAGAGAGCAUCACAGAGGAGUUCUACAGGUACAUGCUGAGGGACAUUGCCAAAGAAGGCAGAGAUGGUACCUCCUCCAGACGAAGCAGCCAAGACUGGUCCACGGGCUUGCUGUCUCCUUCUGCCCGCUCCCCGCUGUGUUACAGACAGUCAUCUAUGCCUGACAGCAGGUCCCCAUGCUCCAGAUUAGCAGUAAAUGUGCCAGUCAAAGCCAACUCCUUAGACGGCUUUGCCCAAAACUGCCCUCAAGAUUCGCUAAACGUACAGCCAGUCAAUAGGGCUUCCUCAUCUGGUCUCUGCAAAUCAGACUCUUGCUUGUAUCGCAGAAGUGGCACUGACCAGAUCACAAACAUGCUAAUCCAUGAAACAUGGGCUAGCUCCAUUGAGGCUCUCAUGAGGAAGAACAAGAUUAUUGUGGAUGAUGGCGAGGCAGCUGGUGUCAGUCCUGGUCCUGUUUCCAGUGGCUCUCCUUUGCAAGUAGAGAAGUGUACAAACAUAUUAGCCACCAACAGAGGACACAGGGCACCAACUCUGCUUGUACAGGAGUCUGUGGAUUCUCAGAGAAAGGAUGUUGUUCCUGGGAGCAAUUGUUCCUCAGUGUCAUCUCCAAGCAAUACAGCUCCUGUUACAAAACUCAGUGGUUUUGAUGCUGGAAGAGAAACUUCCUCAUGCCACAAUGCCAUUGUUCUCAAAAACCCCAGGCAGACACUUAACUCAAGGGAUGUACCUUUGAUUCAGAUAGAGACAGAUCAGAAAGAAGAGGGCCUUGGAGAACAUGAACCUAUCCUUCCCCAAAGUGGCUCCCUAGAAGAAACAGAUGGGCACCAACCUGAAGAAAACAUCCCAAAUGUGGCCAGAAGUGGAGACACAAACCUGAGAACCUGCCAAAGCUGUUGCGACAGCCUCGAGAACAGAGAGGAACCAGAAGCCGAAGUCUUGAAAGAAGCCAGACCCACGGACGAGCCCCCCAACCCUCCGAGUAGCAGUGAGGAGAGUACAGGCAGCUGGUCCCAGCUGGCCAAUGAGGAAGACAACCCAGAUGACACAAGUAGCUUUCUGCAGCUCAGCGAGCGGUCCAUGAGCAAUGGCAACAGUAGUGCCACUAGCAGUCUUGGCAUUAUGGACCUGGACAUUUAUCAGGAAAGCAUAUCAUCUUCUCCCAUGAUUAAUGAAUUAGUAGAAGAAAAGGAGAAUCUUAAAGAGCAACCAGAAAGCGUCAAGGAACAUGCCUCUGGACUGUCAGCGAGAGCAGCCAGUCCCCAGAGGAGCCUUCUGGUGAUCAACUUUGACCUGGAGCCAGAGUGUCCUGAUGCUGAGCUCCGAGCCACCCUUCAGUGGAUAGCUGCCUCAGAACUCGGGAUCCCCACAAUCUACUUCAAGAAAUCUCAGGAAAGCAGAAUUGAAAAGUUUCUAGAUGUUGUGAAGCUUGUUCAUCAGAAGUCCUGGAAGGUGGGGGAUAUAUUUCAUGCAGUUGUCCAGUACUGCAAAAUGCAUGCAGAGAAGAAAGAGGGGACUCCGAGUCUCUUUGACUGGCUCCUGGAACUGGGAUAAGUCAGGUACACCCCACAAAGGCUUUCCUUCCUUUAUCCCAGCUUAGGUUACAGUCGUUUGCGCUAAAUGCUCCGAACUUCCUCGAUAUACUGCAUCCCAUUAGCAGAACUAUUUAAAAAUCUGCUCCAGUACCACAGAAUAGGAACAAGUCUGAGAGAUUGUGAAAUAUAGGUCUGUACUAAUCAAUAUCACCAUGGUUUCGUCCAAAAGAGCUUAUAUAGAAUGGCUUCAAAGAAGGAUACUUCAGUGGAGUCCAAAUAGGAAAGUUUAUAACAAACCCCUCCUCCAGGAAAACUAAACUCACACGUAUGUCACAAUAUAGAGUGAUCUGUAAUGUCUCCAGCUAUGUGAAUCAAAUAGAGACAAAGUCAUCAGGUCACAAUAAUUCUAAAAAUUAUGCUAAAACCUUCAUCAUACUUUACUUAGCAGGUACAGGGGUUGUUCUUCCAAGGAAAUGCUUGGGAUAUAGUUGAAAGCUUCCAUGCCUUUAUGUGAAAGAUUUCCACUCUCAGACAAGUAUCAGUGAGUAUUAACACACAUGCAACAGUGUUGACAGAAUCCACAUGAGGUGAUUUCAUUUAAUUGCAGAGGCUGUUAAGUAUGACCCCUCCCCCAUAUCAUCCCUGAGCUUCUCAAAAGACUACUGUCAUUCAAUGAAGGGUGUCAAUUAUCAUUCAA